AUGAGGGUCUUGCUUUGCAUCCUUGGAAUCCUUGCCUUGUUUUCCACAGUUCCUCCAGCCAGAAGCAUGUUUUUUAAUGACAGGUGUUCUUCGGUAGACUACCAAUGCAGAAUGAAGUGCAAUGCUGAUGAAUAUGCAGUUAGAUACUGUGCGGACUGGAGCAUCUGCUGCAGAGUGAAGCAAAUUGAGGUUAAGAAAAGGAGGAAAUGGUGA